AUGUCGACCAAAGUGUUCAUGUGAGUAGGAGAAGCAAGACAAGUUACCCUCAAUCUGAGCUUCGAUGAGACUGACGAGGCUUUUGUAGAACCGGUUCCACGGGGUAUAUUGGAGGAUGUAUUAUGGAGGCUAUGGUCAAGAAUCCAGCCCUAGAAAUAACAGCACUUCUUCGAACCAUAACCGAAGAAUUCACAACUCGCUACCCAAAAGUCAAGAUCGUCAAAGGGGACUUUGAUAAUUUCCCAGUGAUCGAAGCAGCAGCCUCAAACGCAGAGGUAAUUGUCCGUAAGUUUUCACCUCUUUUUCUCUAGCAGAAGAGAAUGGAGGUAGCUGACUUGAUUAGAUGCUGGGGACAUGGAUCAUCCCGGAUGCGUGAAUGCGAUACUAUCAGGACUGGGUAUGAGAACCAAGAGGCAAGAAAAGAGCUUUCUGCUUCAUCUCACAGGGACAGGUUGUUUAUCUGAUGAAAGAACUAAUCUUUGGGAUGGGAAACUCAAUCCAUGGACUUGGAACGAUAUCGAGCAUAUCCAAAAGAUCUAUGACUUACCCGAGGAAGCACUCCAUCACAAGAUUGAUAGACAAAUCAUGGACGCUUCAAACGAAUUUUGCAAAACUGCUUGUAUAUGUCCUUCAGAUGUUUAUGGGCAAGCUAGUGGCGUUGCCAAUCGUGGAACAUUCAUGGUAAGCAAUUUUCUGUGAUGAAUAGUGACCGAUAUUUUGCUUGCAAAAUCAGGUCAAGAAAAGAGCCCAAUUAACGUUGAAACAGGUCCCACUCUAUGUCAGUACAGCUAUGAUCCGUCAGGAGACCUUUUUCCUCGGAGCUGGAGAAAACACCAAAGAUGUUGUUCAUGUUGAAGAUAUCGCUACCCUUUUCAUACUCUUACUCGAGCAUGCGAUCCGAGGUGGCGGAGAAGCACAAUGGGGAAAAGAGGUAACCACCAUAAAAUCAAGGUCAUUCCUCCAAUCUAACAUAGCAUAGGGAUUCUAUAUCUGUCUCAACGAGACACCAGUACAAAUCAAACAGCUAGCGGAGGCAAUUACCAAACUCGGUGUUGCGCAAAGUUGGCUUCUCAAGGAUGCAAAGCCCGUUUCAUGGACCGCGGAGCAAGUGGGGAGCAUUUUACCGCAUGCACCAAGAAUUGCACGAUAUUUGUGGGGUUCGAACACACGGGCUAUUGCUGCUAGAGCAAAAGCACUAGGUUGGAAGCCUAUACAAAAACCUUUCUGGGAGUCUUUGGAAGAGGAUGUGUCAAUUGCUGUUGCGACUACAAAAGAGAAGCUCGCUGCGAAGGCACUUAAGAGUAAAGCGUGA